AUGAUUGAGAAUGUCACACAUAUACAAAAUAUGGCAGAAGUCAAAAAUGAUGACACUUGCAAGAUUUGUGGGAAACGUGGCGACCUCAUCUGCUGUGACCGUUGUCCCUCGUCCUACCACUUUAACGUACGCUAACCAGUGCUUAGGUAUCCAAAGAGACGUUGACGAAGAGACGUGGUUUUGUCCACCAUGUCAAAAAGAGAUUAAGUUACGAGACAAAGCCAAAGCUGAGAACUGGACCAAAGAAAAACUCAAUGAAGCUCUGCACGUCCUAAAGGAACAAAAAGAACAAUUUGCGCUUCCUAAGAGAGAAUAUAUUGACCCAGUACCCCAGCUACGACAAAUAACAGACUUUAUGAACCCCAGCAGUGAAGAAGAAGAGGAAGACCCAGAGUCAGGGUCAAUUACAAGGAUAGGGACUCAAUUCCAGUCCUCCCUCCCUGCGUUUGGAGAAAUAUCAAUUCCAAGCUCAAAGUGCCAAAAAAUCUGGGACUGUCAUAGAUUGUCAGUCACCGCAGUAGACGACUAUUUACGUCAGGCUGGGCAGCUUUGGGAGCGCUCGUAUCUUAAAUCUCUUAUACCGUUUAACGAGCAAGACGCUUGCAAAAUUCUUCAUAUCAAGAAUUAUAAUAUCCAAAAUGCGCUACAAGCAAUUGUACAUGAGAGGCUUCCGUAUAUUGUUUGUAAUUUGUAUGUAGUAACUGAGAGUGAUAAAGAUAAAAAAGUGCAGGAUCUGGCGGCGCUGAGGAAUGGGGAGCCACUUUCAUUGUAG